AGCUUGCCCUUUACUGCUCAUCCGCCCGCGGUGCGCAGGGUCCUGAGCUGGGGUUUAUGGACUCCUCCCUCGUCUUCCUUCCUCAUCCUUGCAAUAGCCCCUCAAGCCCCUUGCUGUAUCCAUCACCCCCACGUAACAGACUUCGCGUCAACGAAUAAGCUGAGUACGCUCAACGAGAAGAGAAGCAGAGACAAAGUCAUCAUGGCUUCGGUGUCUACUCAUGGAAAUCAAGAUAAAGGCCCCCAUUUGCCACCACCAAGCAAGCAGAGUCUAUUAUUUUGUCCAAAAUCAAAACUGCACAUCCACAGAGGAGAGAUUUCAAAGAUUAUCCGAGAGUGUCAAGAAGAAAGCUUCUGGAAGAGAGCUCUGCCUUUUUCUCUUGUGAGCAUGCUCGCCACCCAAGGACUAGUCCACCACGGUUAUUUAGCAUCUAAUCCAAGAUUUGGAUCAUUGCCCAAAGUUGCACUUGCGGGUAUCUUGGGAUUUGCCCUUGGAAAGGCAUCAUACAUACGAGUGUGCCAGAGUAAAUUCCAUUCCGUCGAAGAUCAGCUCCGUGGGGCUGGUUUUGGUCCAGGGCAUAACAGGCACUGCCUGCUUACCUGUGAGGAGUGCAAAAUCAAGCACGGAUUACACGAGAAGGGAAGCUCUCAGCCUUCAGCUUCUUAAACUUGUCUCUAUGGCUUUGGAAGUUCCUUAAACCUCUCUCUGAAUUUGUACACAUUUAGAAUUUCAAGUGUACUUUAAAAUAACAUAUGUAUAGUGGAACA